AUGGACUUUGUUGGAGAAAUCAUUGAGCAUGAAAUUGAAGAGCCCACGGCACCCUUGGAACCCACAACUCAAGGAUCCGAUUUGUUAAAUACAGGGUUUCCUGAUCCCUUGAACCAUAAGAAGAGAUACAAUUCGCGAUGGACGAUGAAGCGUAGAGCCAAGCCAGCCACAAGUAAAGUAGAUGAUGUCAGAAUCAAAACCGUUUCUAAGGGAAAUACCACUGCUACUACUACUACUGUUACUACUACUACUACUACUACUGCUACUACUGGUGGUUCUUCCUUAUUAUCUGAUAACCGUGAUGAGCAAACUGAGCCAGUAUCGGAAGCUGAGCAAAUAAAUCAGGAAAAUAUAGCAAAACUCAACCUGAUGACGGAUGCAGAGAUAAUGGCUGAACGAGAAUCCAUAUUGAAACAGCUAAAUCCUAAACUUGUGCAGAGUCUUAUCCAAAGGCUGCAAAAGCGAGACAAGGGUCCCACCUCCGAAGGACAUAAAGAGGGUUCUGACCAUACUCACAGGCAUCAACACGCAGAGGGCUAUAAUGGAUGGAUUGGCGGAAUGAAGACUGAGCGCGGAAUACAAGAUCUCUCUCAAUUGGACAAAGCCGAUGUGGAUAAGGCAUUGGGAUUUGAUUUGAAUUUAAAUUUGGAUGGAGAAACAAAACGGGCAGGUACUAGAGCGAGGAAAACAGUUACUUUUGAUGAUAACAAUCUCGCUACUGUUGAUGGAGAGCAAACGGUGGAAAACUUUACACACAAGGGUGGUUAUUUAGGACCUCAGGGUGAACUGGAAUUACUGCUGGAACCACAGUCAGAACAAGAAGUGCUUGACAAAGUGGCACCAAAAGACUAUCAAAUAAUUGAUUCCGAUGACGAAGAAAUGAAUAACGAUACUGUUCACUUUACAAAACCUAACAACAGUGAUCCUGACUUGGAUAUAAAUGAUCCUGAUUUUUUUGAUAAGCUACAUGAGAAAUACUACCCCGAUUUGCCAAAAGAAACCGAAAAGCUUUCAUGGAUGACAAAACCAAUGCCAGUACAAGUCUCGACUACUUAUGAAAGUAUAUCGGAUAUGAGGUUCGACUUUAAGGGUAACUUAGUCCAGAUUAAUAUAGACAAAGAGGAUGUCACAGAUUCGUUAAAUGGAGGAAGCAGAGAAGGGAAAGGAGAAAUUCCCACAUACCUUGGUCUCCAUCAUCAUUCAGAAAAUCCACAUAUGGCUGGGUAUACAUUGAGUGAACUUGCACACUUGAGUCGGUCUACACAGCCAGGACAGAGGUGCAUUAGCAUACAAACAUUGGGAAGACUAUUACAUAAGCUUGGUAAGCACGAGUUCAAUAUCUUGCCCAUAAAUGAAAGCCAAGGUGAUUUUGGAAACGAGAGUGAAAGCGAUGCCAACUUAAAGGAGAUGAUGCACCAUUUCGAAAGUAUGAUGUGGGAUUUGGUAGACGAAUUGAGGAUUGUAGAAAGCUUAACAGAGGCUGCUGACGAAAAACGGACAAGAAAUCUAUCAGUGAGAAAUUACGCCAUUGAAGCGUUGUGGCUAUUAAAAACUGGUGGCGGAAGACCUGCUCGUGAGGAAAUUAAAGAUGCAAUGGCCAUAGCUGUUUAG